AUGGCUUCCAGACUCCCUGUCUUUCUCCUGCUCCUGUGCAUCCCUACCUUGGCCUGGUCCCAGCUCAAGCUCUUCGACCUGCGGGCCAGCGACCUGCCCUCCAGCCUCUUCGGGACCACCGAUGGCUACGUGAAGGUGUUCUGUGGCGCGGCCACGCUGGGGAAGACCUCGGUCCGCAACAACAACCAACACCCCUGGUGGGAGGAGGAGUUCGCGCACUUCAACGCCAAAGAGAACGACAUCCUGAGGCUGGAGGUUUUGGACAGCGACUUUCUUUUCGACGACCUGCUGGGAGUCUGCCAGCGCCAGAUCAAGCCGGGGACCCACGAGCACGACUGCUUCCUGGAGAAAGGGGGCACCCUCCAUUACACCUACACGCUGGGCCAGUAG